AUGCAGCCCCCGGCGGGCCCGGCGGCCUCCCCCGGCCCCGGCCCCGGCCCCGGCGCGCCGGCGGGUUCCGAGCUGCUGCGCUGGCAGUGGCGGGAGGUGCAGGUGCCCUGCCUGGUGGCCGCCUGGAUCCUGGUGGCCAGCCUGGCCAAGAUCGUUUUCCAUCUGUCAAGGAAGGUGACGUCGGUUGUCCCAGAGAGCUGCCUCCUCAUCCUGCUGGGGCUGGGCCUGGGGGGCAUCGUGUUGGCCGUGGCAAAGAAAGCCGAGUACCAGCUGGAGCCCAACAUGUUCUUCCUCUUCCUCCUGCCCCCUAUAGUCCUAGACUCAGGCUACUUCAUGCCCAGCCGGCUGUUCUUCAACAACAUCGGUGCAAUCCUCACCUACGCGGUGGUGGGCACGCUCUGGAACUCCUUCGCCACCGGCAUGGCACUCUGGGGGCUGCACCGGGCUGGGCUCAUGGAUCCCGGUGUCAAGGCCGGACUGAUGGAUUUCCUGCUCUUCGGCAGCCUUAUCUCGGCUGUGGACCCCGUGGCGGUGCUGGCUGUCUUUGAAGAGGUCCAUGUGAACGAGACCCUCUUCAUCAUUGUGUUUGGCGAGUCCCUCCUAAACGAUGCUGUCACUGUGGUGCUAUACAAGGUGUUCAACUCUUUUGUGGAGCUGGGCCCAGAACACAUCCAUGCCAUGGACUAUGUGAAGGGGGUAGUCUCCUUCUUCCUUGUGAGCCUGGGGGGCACGGCCGUGGGGCUGCUUUUUGCCUUCCUCCUGGCCCUGAUCACGCGGUUCACCAAGCGUGUGCGCAUCAUUGAGCCUCUCUUCGUCUUCCUCCUGGCCUAUGUUGCGUAUCUUGCUGCUGAGAUGGUCUCACUGUCCUCCAUCCUGGCGGUCACCUUCUGUGGGAUCUGCUGCAAGAAGUACGUGGAAGCCAACAUCUCCCAGAAAUCCCGUACCACUGUCAAGUACACCAUGAAGACUCUGGCAAGUAGCUCAGAGACCAUCAUUUUCAUGUUCCUGGGCAUCUCGGCUGUGGAUACUUCCAAGUGGGCGUGGGAUACAACGCUGGUGCUAGGCACUCUGCUCUUCAUCCUGCUCUUCAGAGCCGUGGGCGUUGUCCUCCAGACCUGUGUGCUCAACCGCUUUCGUCUCAUUCCCCUGGACAGGAUUGAUCAGGUGGUCAUGUCAUAUGGCGGCCUCCGUGGAGCUGUUGCCUUUGCCCUGGUCAUCCUGCUGGAUGGGGCAAAGGUCAAAGCCAAGGACUACUUUGUGGCAACAACCAUCGUGGUGGUGUUCUUCACUGUCAUUGUGCAGGGCCUCACCAUCAAACCCCUGGUGACAUGGCUGAAGGUGAAGCGCAGUGACCACCACAAGCCCACGCUGAAUGAGGAGCUGCAUGAGCAUGCCUUUGAUCACAUCCUGGCAGCAGUGGAGGACAUUGUGGGGCACCAUGGCUACCAUUACUGGCGGGACAAAUGGGAACAGUUUGACAAGAAGUACCUGAGCCAGCUUUUGAUGAGGAAAUCUGCCUACAGGCUCCGGGAUGAGAUCUGGGAUGUUUAUUACAAGCUGAACAUCCGUGACGCUAUCAGCUUUGUGGACCAGGGUGGCCAUGUGGUCUCUGCUGCCAAGCUGGCAUUGCCCUCUAUGCCCAGCCGCACGUCCAUGUCAGAGUCGUCCGUCACAAACCUUCUGAGGGAGAGUGGCAGUGGCGCAUGCCUGGACCUGCAGGUGAUUGACACAGUGCGGAGCCGCCGAGACAAGGAGGAUGCCGUGAUGCACCAUGUGCUGCGAGGGAGCCUUUACAAACCCCGCAGGAGGUACAAGGCCAGCUACAGCCGUCACUUCAUCUCUCCAGAUAAACAAGAGCGGCAAGACAAAGAAAUCUUCCGUCAGAACAUGAAAAGGCGACUGGAGACCUUUAAAUCCACAAAGCACAACAUCUGCUCUUCCAAGAGCAAAGCCAGGCUAAAGGAAAAGGGCAGGAAAAAGAAAGGCAUCUCUCUGACCAGCGAUUCACCCAAUGGGAAGACACAAAGAAAUGUCCCCUGGCAGGAGGCAGCUCCAGUCUUGGUGAUGGUCAGCUCAGAUGAGGAGGAGAGCAACAGCUCGGAGACAGAAAGAGAGGAUGAUGAAGGGAUUGUAUUCAUUGCUCGAGCCACCGAUGAGGUCCUGCAGCGAAAGAAGACUCCUGGCAGCCUGGAUGUCUGCCCCAGCCCCUGCAUCAUCCCACCAUCUCCCACUUUGGCAGAGAAGGAACUGCCAUGGAAAGGAGACCAGGCUGAUCUGGCUGUUUAUAUCUCCUCGGAAACUACCAAAAUCGUGCCAGUGGAUAUGCAGAAAGCGUGGAACCAAAGCAUCUCUUCCCUGGAGAGUGUCGCUUCCCCACCAGGCAUCGAGACAGGACCCCAGCACAAGAGAUUUACUUGCCCAGUGCUGGAAGAGCAACCCCAGUCUGCUAGCCAGGUGACACCAGAGCAGAGCUCCUGCUUCCAGUUCCCUAGCCAUAUCUCUAGGAGCAGCAGGUCACAGAGUGAUAGCAGCCCAGAUGGAAUUGAGCAGCAGGAGCUGCAGCCUUUGAUGGCUGCGGAGGAGCUGAGCAGGACAAUGCCCUCCACAGAAUCCAGGUGGCUCAUCCAGUUCAACAAAGCAAGCCACCUUUGAGGCAGACUGUGGAUGGGGAGGGGGCUGGGGAGUUGCAGACAGGCUGCAACCAGCUGACUGCUCUGCUGUCUUGCUUUGUAAAGCUUGUGUACGUCUCCAUAAAUUCUACAAGUGGCAUGAGAUCUUGGUACUCCUGCUGGAGCUGUGCUCCAGACUGGGCUUUGCCCGCACACCUAUCAAUGCAAAAUUGGUAGGUAAAUGAGCUUCAUGCUGCAAUAGUGGGUGCCAUCCACCCAGAGAGGUACAGACACAAAACUUCUUUCUUCCUCUCUGGUGCUUACAAUCCUUGCCGCCCUGGGAGGCCAGAACUGUUCCUUCCAGAGCUCGGAUCCCAGCCUUAAUUGAUUCUGCCACAGCUGUGCCACCCUGAGGUUUGGGGGUCCUGGCUGACAGGGUGUGACUGCUCACAGGUGUUAGGGCACAAACUGAUUUUCCAGCAUGCCCUUGCAUAGGAGGCCUCACAGGCAAAGGACAGGGAGUGGAGGCCAGUGCAUGAGAGACAGCUUGUCUCCAUAAAGUGACUGAGCCAUUGGCUUCAGUGCUGCCAUAGUGCUGGUUUCCCUACAGCAAGCAUAGACUUUGGCCAUGAGGCAAGAGAUUGGCUCCUUUCCAUGGCAGCUCCAUGUUCCCCAUGUUAUGGAUAUAGCACGGAGUCAAUGCUUUGACUUUCUCAGGACUGAGACCUGCGUUCCUGGGGAUCGGCAACACCAGGAGCCAGACUCCUGAACACGCACACACAGGGGGAGUCUCUUAGCAGCCAACCUGCUGUGUCAACCUCACCUUUUGUCUGGAUGUGUUCCCAAUAUCUGCUGUUGUUCAGCUCCCCGGCUUUGUAGGAGGCAGCUGCCCAGCACAGUAUCCUGAGUAUUCAUCCUGCCUGCAUCCCAGUUCCUCCAGUUGCCUGAAGUCCAUCAGCCAGGAGGGCCAGCUACAGUGAGAGGAGGGGAACAAGUGGGACAAGCAGCAGAUGUGAAUGAACAUCAGGAGCAGGUACAAAAGGGGAGAGUUGAGAGCAUCCUUGAGGUAGAAAUGGCCCAUGAAGUGAAUCAUUUCUGGUGUGAUCACGAGGGGCAAGAACCGGGCCCCAAGAGCUGCUGGACACAUGAAAGCUCAAGCACAGCAGUAUUCAUCAAUGGUGACCUGGGCUAUUAGAGCUAAAUGUUAAGCCCAUGGGGUUUCUCCCAGCAGAUCAAGUAAAUAACUGCCUGGUCCAGGCUGGUUAGGGGUGUUGAGACAGCAGGUGUUGAGGGGACACUUAGAUGUGCUCAGUAAGCAGUACUAGAACCCAGCAUGGGAUAAGCAAGCUUGUGGUACCCACUGGUACUGUUAGAAAGGCUCAGCAAAGGCCAUUCUGCUCUGUACCUGCCCCACCAACUUGAAUGUGAGUGAGGUUUUGGAAGGCUUUUAUAUAGUUUUGCAUUUCUUGUAUGCCUUAUUCUGGUUUUGAUUUCUGAUAUUGGGCUAUAUUAAAUCUCUAGCUGGGUCAGUGUUUUCUGUAGCCAUGGGCACCACAAAUGACUCAAGGAUUAUCUUAUUUGCAAGAAUAUUGUUUUAAUGUGAAAAUAUAUGAAGACUAUUUUGUAAUGUUCAAUAAAUUGGAGUUGGAGCAGA